GUGUAACAUUCCUGCUAGCUGAAGUUCUCUUUGCACCCCAGUGUCUUGUGGGUCGGUUGAAGGGCUUCGGAGCAGGAAAAGAGAAACCUGUCUCUGCACAAUGGCAGCAAUUCUCCUCCGGUCCAUACUGAAUAAGAAGGCCCCUGUCCAGCUGGGUCGCAUGUGUUACUCCUCCUCCUCAGUGCCCACCACCAAGCUGUUCAUUGAUGGCAAGUUUGUCGAGUCCAACACGUCUGAAUGGCUUGACAUUCACAACCCUGCCACUAAUGAGGUGGUGGGACGUGUUCCCAAAGCUACCCAGGAGGAGAUGCUGGCAGCUGUGGACUCCUGUUCCAGAGCCUUCCAGUCCUGGUCUGAAACCUCCAUCCUCAGCAGGCAGCAGAUCUUCCUGCGCUACCAGCAGCUCAUCAAGGACAACAUUAAAGAACUGGCUAAAAUAAUCACCUUGGAGCAGGGCAAAACUCUUGCUGAUGCAGAGGGAGAUGUAUUUAGAGGACUGCAGGUGGUUGAGCACGCCUGCAGCAUUACAUCCCUCAUGCUGGGGGAAACCUUACCCUCUAUCACCAAAGACAUGGACACUUACACCUACCGCCUGCCCAUUGGAGUGUGCGCCGGUAUCGCGCCUUUCAACUUCCCUGCCAUGAUUCCUCUGUGGAUGUUCCCUGUCGGCAUGGUGUGUGGAAACACCUACCUGAUGAAGCCCUCUGAGCGAGUCCCGGGAUGCACCAUGCUCUUGGCCAAAAUGCUUCAGGAUGCUGGGGCGCCAGAUGGUACACUCAACAUCAUCCACGGCCAGCAUGCAGCGGUGAACUUCAUCUGUGACCAUCCAGCCAUCAAAGCCAUUAGCUUUGUGGGCUCCAACCAGGCUGGAGAGUACAUCUACGAGCGGGGCUCCAAGAACGGCAAGAGGGUGCAGUCCAACAUGGGUGCCAAGAACCAUGGUGUGGUGAUGCCCGAUGCCAACAAAGAGAACACCAUCAACCAGCUGGUGGGCGCUGCCUUCGGAGCAGCUGGCCAGCGCUGCAUGGCUCUGUCCACUGCUAUUUUUGUAGGGGAGUCUCGUGAAUGGCUCCCAGAGCUGGUGGAGCGCUCCAAAUCACUCCGCGUAAAUGCAGGCGAUCAGCCUGGCGCAGAUGUGGGUCCCCUGAUCUCCCCUGAGGCCAAAGCCAGGGUGGAGUCUUUGAUCCAGAGUGGUGUGGACGAGGGUGCCAAGCUGCUGCUGGACGGGCGGAAAGUAAACGUCAAAGGAUAUGAAAAUGGAAACUUUGUUGGACCCACCAUUCUGGGCAAUGUUAUGCCGGACAUGACGUGUUACAAAGAGGAAAUCUUUGGACCGGUGCUUAUCGUCCUGGAGGCUGACAGUCUCGACGAAGCCAUUUCUUUAAUCAACAAAAACCCCUACGGUAACGGCACCGCCAUCUUCACCACCAAUGGAGCCACUGCACGCAAAUACACACAUGAGGUGGACGUCGGCCAGAUUGGCGUGAAUGUGCCCAUCCCUGUCCCCCUCCCCAUGUUCUCCUUCACCGGCUCUAGAGGUUCAUUCAGAGGAGACACCAACUUCUAUGGCAAGCAGGGCAUCCAGUUUUACACUCAGAUCAAGACGGUGACGUCACAGUGGAAGGCUGAGGAUGCCACCGUGACAAGCCCGGCAGUUACCAUGCCAACCAUGGGACGCUAAGCUAAACAGACAGUGCAUCCGUCAUAACCUUCACUGACUCCUCAUAUGCCUUAAGCCCAAGAAGGGAUUGGGGGAAAAAAGGUUACAUGUCCUUUUUUAUAGUUGAGUAAUAUUUACAAUGGGGAUUAUUGGUUGGUGAUUGUUUGAACUCUUUAAACAUCCUGAACACUGUUGUUGCACAAACAUGCAAUGAUACAAAUGACACUGCAUUUGGAGAUGGGGGAGAUGAAUUGGACUGAUGCAAUGAAUGGUGCUGUGAGUCUCUUGUUUGUUGUGUGUUUUUUUUUUUACAUGUUUUUUUCCAGUUCACAUCCUGUACUGACCAGGUCAGCCAUGAUUUAAUCAUGCUCAGUCAUUUUUAUGAUCCUUUGUGUGUUCUGGCAUUACAUUGCGUACAACCUAAAAGAGACAUCAAAAGGAUCAAGGAUUCUGCUGCUGAGCAGUGACAUCAAAUGUCUUCCAACAGUAUGCUCUAUUGUUCUUUAGCUUGUUCUGUGAAUCAGAGCCCUGGGUACACACUUGAAAAGUAGAUAGAAAACUACAUUAGAAGAAGGUCAGACUCAUCCUGUUACUCCGUUUAAACUGAAACAAUGGCUGCUGUUCAUGUCCUCCAGAUGUUCAUCAUACUGUAUAUCGUCCAUUGGUGGGAUUAGUGUGUCUUCUGUGUCAGAUAGAGGUUUUUUUUUUGCUGAACUGUCAAAGUAGUAGUUUUUUUGUCUGGUCAUGAAUGGUAUAGAAGUUAAAAUUGCAGUGUUUUACAUGUCAUGAACUUGUAAUGGUUUAUGAAGAAUAUAAUUUUGAUGACGUUUUCUGGGAUGAAACAGACUUAUAGUAUGUCAUAGACAUCUUUUCAUCCCAAGGACUUGAGCUUCUUCAAACUGUGUCCCCUUGACUCCUUUCUGAGGUCUUGUGGCUAAAAAGUAAGAUAUUAAGAGGUCUGUUGUUAACUGUUUGAAUAAAGACACUGUAAUUUGA